CCCUUCCCUCAUUGUUUCCCUGAGGUUCCCAGAGAAACAUCCCGCUUUCGGAUACUUUUUAUCACUAAUCCAGACCAACAUCCUUAUAAGAUUUACACAACGUGUUGCAGAUGAGCCCGGAAACUUAAUUGGUGUUUGAUCCGAUUGUAACAAGUAGAUAAGAAAGGCUUGCGAAUCAAGGUGUAAUGAGGUUUCUGGUCAUGGACAGAUGAUGGAUGUGGAGACAACAACGUCGUACUCUGACUUCAUCAAUUGUGAUCGUACAGGCCGCAGGAACGCAGUACCUGACAUCCAGGGACAGGGGGCAGCAGCCAGCACCAGUGAAUUAACCAAAGACAUGGAAGGGAUGGACCUGAAGGCUGCAGAAGGAGAGACUGGUGCAUCACCAGCCCCUGAGGGUGAAGGGUCAACCAGCCAAGAGGCCCAGGGAGGCAAGGGCCCAUCGUAAACCACCUCACAGGAGAGGAGAGAGGGACACAGACAGGAAGGGACAGCAGGAGACACGGAGAGGGGGGAUCUACUGGUUGUCCUGCCUGCCUGAAUCCUACUCCUCAACAGUGAUGACAUAAUCUCUCACUGUGUAGCUCUGAUGGAGCUUUGCUGGUCCAGUUGCAUGAUACUUCUUCUCCUUUAUCAAUUGGCAUUGUGGGAAAUGGAGUUGACAGAACUUGACAGUUGACAAGUAGGACUACAUCUGAUCCUGGCCUAUAGUUGCUGCUGGAAUACAGUGGUAAAGGAAAUGUUCUCAUAUCACUAUGAGAAAGCACAGAACUUUGGACCGAACUCCCAUCAAGAAGAAGAGCUAUACAGAAUCUAUAAUCAUGUGUUACUCCUUUUGUUUUGUGUACGUUUGUGGCCCAGUUAAAAAUGUUCCUUAGUUUACCCUUUCUUUUACAAUAACACAUGAAGUUGCAAUUACAAUGUACUGUAAUGGAGGUCAUAUUUAUUUCAAAUGGUUCUCUGAUACCUUUGUAAUAGGAAUUUCUUUGUGCAAUAAAAUGUUUAAUAAGUA